AUGCAUGAACCCCUGUUUGACUGGAUUGAAAUGGAAGAGCCUGAAGUUGAAGAUGAUACCAACUCCAACGAAGAUGAAGUUCACGUAAUAGAUAAAGAGGGUUGUGAACACGAGAUGGAUGAUGAGGAGUUUUCUAUGAAAAGGGCAAGAGCAAGUAUUCAAAGUAUGCAGAAGAAAGACAUGUUUUUGAACAAACUUUGCCUAAAUGAUGAAGAGGAAGAAGAUUCUACUGCUGAGCAACUACCUCCUGUGUACCCUGUGCACAAUUCUAAGCAACAAUGGGAUCAAAUGGCUCCUAUGUUAGGUAUGAAAUUCACCAAUCCUAGUGAACUCAAACAUUGUCUUACCAACUAUGCUGUUAAGCAUGGUUAUGAUUUGUGGUAUGAAAAGAAUGAUAAAAACAGACUUCUACUGAAGUGUUGCAAAGGCUUAGUGACUUACAAGUGGAUAGGGAAACAAUUUUUCAAUGUACUUAUAGAAAACCCCAAGCUUAGUUUGAGGAAGAUUAAAGCUCAAAUCUCAAACACAUACAACAUCAUAUUUAGCAUUGGAAAAUGUAGAAAUGAAAAAAGGUUUGCAUUGUAUGAGAUUGAAGGCAAUCUGAAAGAGCAUUAUAGUAGGUUGUGGGACUAUGGCAUUGAAAUCAAAAGAGCUACUCCAGGAUCAACUGUAAGCAUGGAAGUGGACCAUAUGCCUGAUGGAAGUACAAUGUUCAAACGGUUCUAUGUAUGCUUCAGAGGUGUAAGAGAUGGUUGGGUAAAGGUGUGUAGAAGAGUCAUUGGGAUUGAUGGAUGCUUUCUCAAAGGAAUUUGCAAGGGUGAACUCUUAGCUGUAGUGGAUAGGGAUUCCAAUAAUCACAUGUUCCCUAUAGCUUGGGCUGUUGUAACUGUUGAGAACAAAGAAACAUGGAAAUGGUUCCUUGAUCUACUGAUGGAUGAUAUUAAAAGAGGCAAUGGAAAUGGACUUACUAUUCUCUCUGAUGGACACAAGGGUUUAAUUGAAGCUAUCAAGGAAAGGGUUCCUCAUGCUGAGCACAGAUUAUGUUCUAGGUACAUACUAGCCAACUUUAACACAAGGUUCAAAGGUGAGCAUUUUAUCAAGCCUUUUUGGAAGGCUGUGAAGGCUACCACAAAACAGAAACAUGAAGCUGCUAUGAAAGAGAUCAAGGAAUUAGAUAGUAGGGCAUUUAAUUAUCUCAUGGAGAGGGACCCUAAAUGUUAUUGUAGGGCUUUUCAAAUAGAAGGGGUAUUCUGUGAUGCUAUUGAAAAUGGAAUUUCAGAGAGUUUUAAUGCUGAUAUAGUUGAUGCUAGACAUAAACUAAUAAUAGCAAUGUUGGAGGAUAUCAGGGUUUAUGUGAUGCAGAGAUUCUGGGCAGUGUACCCUUGUGGAUAUCAACAAUUUGAGGUGGUGUUAUGUAAUGAUAGGUAUGCAGUUGACCUGAUUAGAAGGACUUGUGGAUGUAGGAGAUGGCAGUUGACUGGCAUACCUUGUGUACAUGGAGUGGCUGCAAUUUCAUCCAUGAACUUGAACUUAGAGGAUUAUGUAGCUAGUUGUUACAGUGAUCCGGAUCCUGCAUCUUCAACUCCAACUCCAAUUCUAACUCCAAGAUCAACUCCAAUUCCAACUCCAAUUACAACUCCAAUUCCAACUUCAGCUCUAAUUCCAACUCCAAGAUCCACCCCAAUUCCAACUCCAGCUCCAAUUCCAACUCCAAGAACCACCCCAAUUCCAACUCCAACUCCAAUUCCAACUUCUAAAAAUCCACAUCCAACUCCAAGAUCCACUCCACACCAAAGGCGAAGAUCUACUUCUGCAAGACCAUUUUGUAGAGCAGUUCAAGUGAGGAAGAGGAAAGCUUCUGAAAGAAUCACCAAGCAGUGCCUGAGGAAAAAAGUGGUGACCAAGGAUGGUAGUGGUUGUAGCUCAGGGAAUCCUGUAGAUCUAGGUUGA